ACAUGGCGAAUGCCCUUGCGAACUUGUGAUAAAAAUGGUAGAAAAGUGUUCAAUUUCACGAAACUAGUGGUUCAGAUUGCUGAAAAUAAGUGUCUAUGUAUUGAAGAUAUAGUUGCGUUUAAUCAGAGUGGACCAAUGUACAUAAAUGAUUUGGGAUGGUUCUGCGCGCAAUCAACAGACUACCUAUAUUCUUCACUGUUUUGUUCAUCACAACCUAUUUCGUCAAUAAGUAUGUACUCUCGGUGCUGAGGUUCACCUAUCCGUGUAUUUUCCAAGGAUGGCAAACUUUAGUUGGUGCUGUGAUGUUGAAGACUCUUCACUCUACUCAUCACAUAGAGAUGAAUCUCAAGGAAGCAGACAGGUACUCAUUCCUAGGCAGUGUGCCAUCAUCAGUCUUCUUUGUUGUUGCGAUAUACUCGGGGUCCAAGGCCUUAUCCAAACUAGCCAUUCCAUUUUUCUUAACGGUGCAUAACGUGAUAGCAUUUGUGAACAGCUUGGGGGACUUUAUUAUCAACAGGGAGCUCAUCCAUCCAAUUCGUUACUUCAUGGUCGUUGUGAUUCUGAUGUCGGCCAUGUUUAUUGGUCAUAUUGACCCGCAGUAUGAUUUUGAUGGUUAUGUCUGGAUGGUGGUGCAUGUGAUUUCAAUGGGUGUCUAUAAUGUCUAUUCAAAUACUUUUGGACCACAUUUGGUAGGAUUGGGAGGAUUAGAGAAGCUUUUGAUUUGUUACGUCGUUAGUUGUAUUGUGUUGGGACCAUCAAGUUAUUUCUUAGGUGAUGCCUUGCGAGCCAGUCAAUUCCCUUUUUUCCACUUUUACAAGUUUUAUAUCGGAUGUAUCUUGAGUGGUGUGUGUGGAUGUCUGCUGAACAUGUGUGCUAUUUACAUGCGAGAGACGGGAUCAAGUGGCAAUAGGAUGAAUGUCGAGUAUUACGCUGCAGUCGCAAAGGUGCUUUCAUCAGUUCUCUCCAUACAUCUGUUUGAUGUGAAAUUAACCAUCGAGUGCUUGUUCUGGAUGGGCAUCAAUAUGGUGAUGAAUAUCGCAGUGACACACCCCAAGUUAUACGAGGCAUUUUCACCAUCGAAAAAAUCGGAUCUAAACAUGGACAAAACGAAACAAAAUGGCAAUCAUCCUACGCACUCUGUCAGUGAAAAAGAAAAACAUUCACAGAGUUAUAAUGUGUGAUGUUGAGCUUUGUACUUAACAAAGACUUGGUGUGGGACUUGAACUAGGGACGGUUCAUUCCAGUGAGACUUGGUGUGGGACUUAAGCUGGGUAAGGUUCAUUCCAGUGAGACAUGGUGUGGGACCAAAACUAGGGACGGUUCAUGUCCAGUGCAGUAUGAUGUUGGUGGUGGUUUUGAUCUGAGAAGUUUGGGAGCAUGAUCUGAUAAUAAGGCUGAUGUUUGGGCCAGGAAAUAGUUGUUUGCACACAGAGUAAAUGGAUGCCCCCAAAGUAGGCCCAACAGCUUUGAAUGCAGAUGUCAUCAAAGCUAUGUGAACUGCCAUACACAUUGUUGAAUGUAUCAUUCAGUAACACAAUUAACAGCCAUAUGUAUAUAUUCUGUUGAACAAG